AUGAGUACUGCUUCGGGACGUCCUUCAGCUAGCACCCAUGCUGCAGAAGAGAAGCAUGCCGACCAUCAGCAUGUCGAGCAUAUUGCUACUCAUGACCGGAUCUCCGGCCACGAGAACUACUAUGAGAAGAAUGGCUUGAGAACUUACGGUGAUGGGGAGGAUCAUGACCACGAGCCACCCAUGUCGCCACAGCGAAUGAUGUCUUUGAUCGCGAUGUCGUUCAUAUGGACCGGGUCGCAAAUUCCUGUUUACAUCUUUGGGGCCAUUCCUCCGUACAUUUAUGCGGAUAUAGGUGGAGCUGACCGCUGGAUCUGGCUCGUUCUCGCCAAUCUUCUUGCCCUUGCUGGUGUCUGCCCUUUCGUCGGGUCUCUUUCGGAUCUCUUUGGCCGCAGAUAUAUCUGUUUGUUUGGCUCUUUCCUGGUCAUUCUUGGCAUGAUUGUAUUGUCCACCGCGAAAGUAAUGAACACCUUCAUCGCUGGGAUGGCAAUCGCAGGUGUCGGCGCCGGGAUUUCGGAGCUCACAGCUCUUGCUGCCACUUCGGAGCUCGCACCGACAGCCAAAAGAGGCAAAUAUGUGGCUGUCCUGAUCUUCACGAUCCUCCCUUUCUGUCCCUCGGUUCUUUGGGCACAGUUGAUUGCCGAGCACGCCGGAUGGCGCUACUGCGGGCUUCUCUGUGGGGUGUGGACCGCCAUUGGGUUCUUCAUGGUGCUCUUUUUCUACUUCCCACCCCCAAGAGUCAACUCGAUGGGCCUCUCAAGAAGAGAGAUCAUUUCGCGAAUUGAUUUCAUAGGGGGUUUCCUGAGUCUCUCGGGGAUGAUUCUGUUCAUGGCAGGCAUGCAAUGGGGUGGCUAUCAGUAUGACUGGGACUCCGCUCACGUACUAGCACCCCUGAUUCUUGGGCUCUUAUUUCUGGUAGCUUUUGUCCUCUGGGAAAUCUACGGUACUAAACAUCCUAUGUUUCCCUCCCGCUUGAAGCAGGCACCGCGGAUUCUGGCUCUCACAUUGGUCAUUACCUUUAUUUCGGGCGCCAAUUUCUUCAGCAUUAUCAUGUUCUGGCCGACUCAGGCCUUUAAUGUAUACGGCCAUGAUCCAGUCGAGGUGGGUAUCCGCGGUAUCCCAGUUGGAUUCUCGAUCCUUGCCGGGGCUGUGAUUGUGCUGUGGUGUUUGUCGGUUCUUAGAGGAGGGAAUAGAGAGUUGAUCAUAAUCAGCUCGGUCAUGAUGACAGCUGGGUGUGGAGCACUCGCCUGUGCCGACCGUUUCAAUCUUCACCAGCUCUGGGGCAUUCUGGUGCUGGCUGGACUCGGCAUUGGAGGCAUCGUCGUGCCCGCCUCAAUCAUAACAACGAUCAUCUGUCCCGACGAUCUGAUCGCAACUGUUACAGCAUUGACUCUCGCCAUCCGGGUGAUCGGCGGUUCGAUCGGAUAUUGCGUCUACUACAACGUGUUCAUCAGCAAAUUCGUUCCGAAUGCCACACACUACAUCGGUGGGACCAUGGCCCUCAAACUCGGCAUCACGAACCUCACCGAUAUCAAGCGCGCAAUCGAAUACACCGGAGCGUCCCUCCUUCCGCUCCUGCACACGAUUCCCGGCAUAGGCAUGAACGAGACGAGGUACGAGAUGGUGGUCCUGGCAGGUCAGAUUGCUUUCGCCGAGAGCUACAAGUAUGUGUACUAUACGAGCAUCGCGUUUGGAGCUGUGAGUAUUGUGACAGCGUGCUUUCUGGGUGACAUCUCUCCGUACAUGGACGAUCAUGUAGCGGUUAUCAUGCACUGA